AUGACUGAAGCAACAGUAACAACUCAAGCCUUCUUUGGGUUUAUGGGAGUAUCCAGCGCUCUAGUCUUCGCUAACUUAGGAGCAGCCUACGGGACAGCCAAAAGUGGUGUCGGAAUCUCAUCAAUGGGUGUAAUCAAGCCAGAACUCAUCAUGAAGUCAAUUAUUCCAGUAGUCAUGGCUGGUGUCUUGGGGAUUUAUGGGCUUAUCGUUGCAGUCAUCUUGCUACUUACUUAACUAUUUAGUUUUAACGUGUUAUCCUUCUUCACAAAGUGCAAUAUAAAGUCCGCUCUUUUAACUCCGAAUUAUGACUUCUCUGUGCUACUCUUUUCAUUCAAAACUAUGAAAUAUUCCAUCAAAGAUCCAUCACCGAGCCCAGCCAAAAAGCUUCUCGGAUUGCCAUGCUUUGCUUGGUAAUUUGACUCUUACGCAUAUUCUGUCUUAGAAUCUCUCUCUUCAGGAGUGCCAAACACCGAAAACCCUAUCUAAGGGCCAAACCCCCCACACUAACAUUAGGAUUUUUCUGGCAUAUCUGAAUAAAGGACCACAGGGAAAAUUAGCUCCAUAAUAAUAAAAUUGUCUAAAUAUGGAUAAAUUCUCUUCUUUCGAUGAUACCAUUUUAUUAUUAUGCAGUCAUCUUGGUACAGAAGAUCAAUGACAAUGAUUAUAGUUUCUAUGAUGGAUACAAACACUUAGCCUCUGGACUUUGUUGUGGACUCAGCUCUCUGGCAGCUGGAAUGGCAAUCGGCAUAGUGGGAGACGCAGGAGUCAGGGCAAACGCACAGCAAGACAAGAUAUUCGUAGGCAUGAUUCUGAUACUCAUCUUUGCAGAAGCCUUGGGUCUAUACGGCUUGAUUAUAGCUCUAAUCUUAUCGCAGUAA